AUGAAAACUAACCGCCAGACCAAGGCCUUUUGGAUAACACUGCGUCCUCAGGGUGUUUCCAGUUCCCUCCUUCGGCUGUGCCACAACACCAUCAUUAGGCACAGAAUCCUAAACUCCCAACCCAAUCUACAGCUGAAUUUGGCUUCGGCUGUGACCAUCAACGACAACGCGUUACACCAGGUACAAGAUGACCAAAACUCACGCGGAUACGAGGUUACAUUACGGAUCAACAGACAUGCCGAUAACAUUCUCGAAGGACUGCAUCAACCCUACGCACCUGUCAAAUAUCACAAGUUUCACCCAAGAAGCCAGAUGAAGUCCUACCAGCUCAUAGACCCAGAAAAAGAAUCACAUACUAUGAAAGCCACCUCUGCACUGUCAACCAAGUCAAUGCAAACGACCGAAAGACUGCUGAACAUCACCCAUGGGGCAACUUGCGCUUCAUAUUUGCCCAUUGUAUGGAUGUAUGCUCAUUGGAGGAAUGUUUUCCACGACCGGGAAGCGAGAUCCGGUGAUAGACUGCUCGAGCAAGUUCAUCUUGCUGUAGAUGAUAUUCUUGGGUUUACAAAGAGCUCAAGCUGUGCAGGUGAUGAUGUGGGGAGGAGACUCGAAGAAUUAGCCACCUAG